UUGAAGUCACAUAGCUCUCCCAAGUGCCAAAAGUGCCAAAACCUCCUUACAAACUUCAAUGCUCCCUCCCUACCACUUACCAACCUAGUGCCUACGCAUUGCACACAACUACAUUCCUUCUUCUCUUUUUUUCUACGACGACGAUCCUUUUUAUUUUAUUUUAACACUUCUUUUUUAAAGAACCGUAGACCUUGCUUUUACCUAUUUUGACUUGAAUUGCCCCCCCAAUCCUAAUAAUAACCGCGCCUGGCACAACUUAGUCAUGGCUAAUAAUAUGACGUCCGUCACGGACCUCCCGCCGCUCCCAUCCUACACGGCCGUUGAGGCACCAGAUCUAAUAUCAUGGUGCCCAGACUUCUAUCUGUCAAUUCUCGCGCCGACCGUUAGCUACUGGGUUGUCUCCAUCUUCUUUCACAUCAUUGAUGUCCUUGACCUCUUCCCCCAGUAUCGUCUACACACGCCCGCCGAAAUCGCUCAACGCAAUAAAGUUUCGCGAUACGAAGUUCUUCGCGAUGUCAUUUUCCAGCAAAUCAUUCAGGGCGUCAUGAGUGGCGUUCUGAGCGCUACAGAUCCUCCAUCAUUAAUGGGCAUGGAGGAGUAUGAUGUUGCUGUAUGGGCAACUAGGGUUCGUCUAGCGCAAAGGGCACUUCCUGCUCUACUAGGUAUACUCGGCAUCAAUGCCGCAACAGUAUCGAAGAAUAUGGCUGUCUCCCAUCCGCUCUUGGCCGGUGUACUCGCUGGUGGACACUAUCCUUUCCUUACCUCGGACCUCUCCGGCCCAGACGGGAUUCCAGUGCCAACUUUUGCUACUUGGGAGCUUCUAGUCGCUAAAGCUAUCUACCAUUUGAUCCUCCCAGCCCUCCAAUUCUUUAUUGCCGUCACCGCUCUCGACACUUGGCAGUACUUCCUCCACCGCCUCAUGCACCAGAAUAAGUGGCUCUACACUACGUUCCACUCGAGGCACCACCGACUUUAUGUUCCCUACGCUUACGGUGCGCUAUACAACCACCCAUUCGAGGGUUUCCUUCUCGAUACAGCUGGUGCGGGACUUGCGUACAAAAUCUCUCUGAUGACUCCGCGACAAGGCAUGGUUUUCUGGGUUAUGUCCUCUAUCAAGACCGUGGACGACCACUGCGGUUAUGCCUUGCCUUGGGAUCCUCUGCAGCACAUUACCUCGAAUAACGCCGCUUACCAUGAUAUCCAUCACCAGAGCUGGGGAAUCAAGACGAACUUCGCCCAGCCUUUCUUCACCUUCUGGGAUAAGCUGCUAGGCACCAUGUGGCAGGGUGACACCACGCUCAAGUAUGAGCGUUCGAGAACGAGGGCGGAGGAGCUCUUGGAAGCAGAGGCCAAAAAGAUAUCUGCAAAGGCCCAAUGAACACCUCGCCAUCAAAUCUGCGCUUAUUUAGUGCGUACAUUCGCUGUAUCAUUCUAGGGACGUUCGCUGUUUUUCUAAGGCGUGACGGGGUAUUCUGGAUUCAUUUUGAUUGAAGAGUCAUGAGAUGUAUACAUCCGGUGAGCAUAGGACGGGCGUUUUCUUCGAGUCAGUCGCUACGACUCAAAACAUUGAUUUAUUAUAAAGGGGGUUCGGCAUUGUGGUGGUCCCGUCCUGUGUUUGAACAUUGAAUUUGCUUACAGGCUCGGAUAUUUUAUUAGGCUCUUGGCCUUAUACUGCCAGUCAUGACUGAUGCGGUAAAUGACGGGCCGAUUCAGGGGGUUGCAGAGGAGAGAAAGAGAGAGGGCUACGGCGUUGACGUUGGAUGCUAGCAACAAUCUGGAUUGCGUGGCACCUUGACUCUAGAUAGUCACUGCCAUGGCUUCUCACAAGUAAUGAUAAUAACAACUGAUUCGAUCGCUGCAUAAUUAUGUUUGAUAUACUCCAUGUUGCAAUGUGCUUGAUUAUGUAAGCUAGGUAGCUAUAUCGACCGCUUUCUGUACUUUCACUUUACUCUCGGGUGAGGAGUACUGUAAGGAGUUGCAGAGAACUACAUACAUCAUAUAUAAGGCCUUAGGUACUUGAUUGUAUAUUGAUUAUCUUCCUCUGUUUC